AUGACGGUGACAGUGGUGACUGGAGGCGCUGGCGGAGGCGCGGGAAGCGCUGGUGGCGGAGGUCACGGUGUGAGCGCUGGUGGAGGCGGCAGCGCAGGCGGCAGUGCGGCUGCAGGAGGGACGUGCGUGGACGCCUGCGGCUUUGAGGCGGACACCUCGGGGGCCAAGACGACUGAGCACUGGGCCUAUGUCGGAUCAGGCCGCGGAAGCUACACCCAGGUCGAGACGAUGGAACUCGUGGGCCAGGGGAAGGGAGAUUUCAUCAAGGAGCAGGUGGUCGUUGGAGGCGGCGGCGUGAGGUGUCGUGCGGCCUGCAUGGGCUUUUUGUGCGUCUUGUGCCUGGCGGCGAUCAUCAUCCCCUUGAUCUUCUUGCUGCAGCCGCAGAUUGGUGGAUCCCCAGGCUUUGCUGACAUCAACUGCGCCACGCUCGCGAUUUCCGCUGCGGCGCCCGAUCAAGCGACGAUUUGCUGCCAACAGGGCCACCUCGGCUUCUGCGCGGACCCGGCUCCACUUCCGAGCCCUCCACUUCCGCAACCAGUGCCCGAGAAGGUGGUGAUCCACGACAAGUACUACACGCGCGUGAAGGAGGUGCCAGUGCCCCACAUGGUGCCGGUGCCUAUCCCGUCGGCUCCGGCCAAAAUCAUUGAGCACAAGGUUUUUGUGAAGAGCCAUGCCUACGACUGCAACGAAGGCCUCAGCACCUUUGCCAGCAGCUGGUCGGCCAUGCACCAGCGCUACUGCUGUUACCUGCACAGCGUUGCCUGCCACACUCAGGUGAAGUACCGAAACCACUACCACACCAUCACCUCUGUGAAGCACGUGGGGGUUCCUGUGCACGUGCCGAUCCCUGCACCGCCGGCCGCGGAGUACAACCGAGUGGUGAACGUGCCCAUCCACGAUCCGCCACAGGUGAUCCAGGUGAAAACGCCGGGGCACACGCACGUGGUUAACCAGUACGUCCACAGCAAGCAUUACGUGCCUGAGCCGGUGCCGUCUCCCCCUCGGUUCCGCAGCGUGCCGGUGCCUGUGCCCGUGCACACUCCGGGCAAGGUGAUCCCCGUGCCGAGCCCUCUGCCGCCUCAGACCGUUGUGCACAACAAGGUUGUGUACAAGACCAGGCACGUCAUCACAAAGAAAAUCUAUGACUGCGAUGCCGGGUUCAACAACUGGAAGUAUGGCUGGUCCAGCCCCAAGAAGACGUGGUGCUGCGCCCACGAGAACAAGGGCUGUGCAGGCACAUGGACUGGCUCCGGCCUGACCAAGACCAUCGUCACCGGCGUCACCACGCACCAUGGUCAGUAUGACGGCGAUUACGGCGACUACGGCCACGACCACUACGGUCACGGCGGCCACUACACCGACGGCAGCAACUAUCAUGUGCAUGUGUACCACCACUACCACACGCACUCUGACCACAUCCCCUACCACUACACGGACUCCGACAGCGACGUCCCCUUGUUGAGGGCCGGUGGACGGCGCCUCAGUGAGAAGGAUGCCGAGAAGAAGGUCGAGGAGAAGGAGGAGAAGGGUGACAGCAAGGAGGCUGAUCAGAAGGAGUUCAGAGAUCUUCAGGGAGGAGAUCAGAAACCGAUGGGCAUGUGGUGGGACGGCCAGCAGGCUCAUGAUGUUGUCAAUGGUGACGGAGCAGGUGGAUCUGAUGCUCAGCGACCGGUGGGUAUGUGGUGGGAUGGCCAGCACUCUCAUGAUGUUGUCAAUGGCGACGGAGCGGGUGGAUCUGAUGCUCAGCGACCGGUGGGUAUGUGGUGGGAUGGCCAGCACUCUCAUGAUGUUGUCAAUGGUGACGGAGCGGGUGGAUCUGAUGCUCAGCGACCGGUGGGUAUGUGGUGGGAUGGCCAGCACUCUCAUGAUGUUGUCAAUGGUGACGGAGCGGGUGGAUCUGAUGCUAAGCCACCGGUGGGUAUGUGGUGGGAUGGCCAGCACUCUCAUGAUGUUGUCAAUGGUGACGGAGCGGGUGGAUCUGAUGCUAAGCCACCGGUGGGUAUGUGGUGGGAUGGCCAGCACUCUCAUGAUGUUGUCAAUGGUGACGGAGCGGGUGGAUCUGAUGCUAAGCCACCGGUGGGUAUGUGGUGGGAUGGCCAGCACUCUCAUGAUGUUGUCAAUGGUGACGGAGCUGAUGGGCUAAGGGGUGGGUAUGUGGUGGGAUGGCCAGCACUCUCAUGA